AUGGCUGCUUCGCACUUGAUGAACGAAUGCCGACUAUUGGAGCAUGCACCGGACUUUGCCCGAGUUCGCCCUGAGGCAUAUCUGGAUAACGUCAAGACUGAAUAUGCAGCAAAGUUGGCUGUUUGCGAGCUACUCAGCGCUCAGCCAGUCAAUUCAGCGGCGCCACCACAUUGUGAUGUCCUGAUUCCUGCGGCACGGCAUUGCGGUAAAAGCGGCAGCUGGUGGCAUGCUCAAGCCGUGGUGUCCAGUGACAAACAGUGCUAUCCUACGUUUAAAGAACGCCAAUACAUACAAUGCCUCAAAAGCCUUCAAUCUACACCGCAAUACUGGACAUCGUUCAGCAACGCCCGUCAGAACGCAGUUGUCAUGUGUCAGGCAAGCAGAGACGCCAUUGAGCGAGAGAACCAUCUCGAAGUCUUCAAAAAUCUAACCCAAGUUCUCGGUGGUGUCAUUACGAACAUGCAAAAGACGAAUGAGGAAUACGAGUCUUUGAUCCGGCAGCAGAGGCGGCAUUCUGAGGAAGUCCGAGACACUCACCAGCAACUCAACGAAGAGCUGCAAGCAGUCCGAGCAAAGGCCGUUUCAACAGUCGAAGCCAUGGACAGCAAGUUCCACACUUUCAUGGAAUCGUCAAUUUCGGAUUUCAUAACAGCGCUGGGUACUAGUCAGAGCAAAGAGAUGGACAAGAUACGUGAGAGGAUGCAGGAAUUCUCACAAGACUUGAUAGUGGAAAGCUCUCAGCUCGCAAAAUACUUUUCUGAUCAGCUUCAGCAGUACCAUGAGCGCACUCUGGCUAACCUUCAAGUCAACCACGAGGCACAAGUGCACAGUUACACUGUCCUGUCAGGCUACAUGGCCACUGCACAGAAGACGAUGAACACGACAAACGAUGUGGCCGAUCGCUCUCUUUCCAAGGUGGACAGCAUUGCCCAGCGACUGGAUCUCUUUGAAUCUCAAACAGAGCACAUUGCCGAGGGCUUCGCGUUUCUAAGUGCCAUCCCCGCACUUUUCAGACUGAUUGUGCGAAGAUUCGUGGCCACGAUUGGCACCGCAUUCAUCUUUGCCAUCCUAUGCAGACUUAACACAAGGCUUGCCACAUACACUGCCGGCGCAUGCAGUUCCGCCUUCCUGCUGCACACAAGCGGCGUCUUCGACUGGCUUGCAGCAAUCCCUUCCAGCAUCACCAACAUGCAGUCUCAAAGCCCGCUCGCUAUUCUCAUCACCAUGUCCUCAUGGAACAAAGGCACUGGCCUCGUUCUUCUGCUGUGGCUGGCCGCAUACCCCGUCUGCCGCUUGAACAUAUACCUCGGGACCCUUGUGACCACAGCGGCGAGACGGCUGCUAGCGCACCUGUGGCUGAGCGAGUACACCAACGAUGGCGGCACGGGAUACCUGCCCAGCAUCGAAGUUCCUGCGAUAACCCAGCGCAAAGACGAAAAGCAUACCAGUUACCGGCAGCUUCACAACUAG